AUUGGGUCAACAUCAAGAGAUGUUGAUAACCUCUCAGGGGUUAUAAUUUUUUUUAACUCCAGGGGGAAAAAUCCUUUUUUCCCCACCACAACCCCUCAGAGCUGGGGAUUCUCAACUGCCUUAAAAUGGCCCUUCCAAGCAGCAGAGAGGGGGCGAUGGUCACGAGUUGUCCUCCAGCAGACCAAACACAGCAAUGCAACCGUUUUAUCACCGAUAUCUGAUUAAAAUGAGCGUUGUGUUGUCCGCAGCGAGGAUGGCUGAGGUGAAGAACCUCACCUGGGCGGUGGAGGACAUUUUCAAGGACACCUUUCUCAGCUACAUGAACGGCUGGAGGAGGAACAUGACGGAGGCGGCGAACAAGCUGCAGGCCCAGGUGGCGGCCGAGAACUUCGACUACGUCAUCCUGUACCUGAUGGUGAUGAUCGGGAUGUUCUCCUUCAUCAUCGUGGCCAUCCUGGUGAGCACCGUGAAGUCCAAGAGGAGGGAGCACUCCAACGACCCCUAUCACCAGUACAUCGUGGAGGACUGGGGAGAGAAGUACAAGAACCAGGUGCUGAUCCAUGAAAACCCGGGAGCGAGGGAUAAAACGAGCCCCGAAUCGCCCUGAGCUUCGGGAAACGCCGGCGGUGAGGAAAUCAUGGAGUGACACACGGGGAACCCACUGGAAUUAUGAAAACCUGGGAAACUGUUCAUUAAAUUUACACACAGGUCGAGGUAUAAUGGAGGAAACCAACCUUACUGGUUCCCAUCAACCUUACUGGUUCCCAUCAACCUUACUGGUUUCCAAUCAAUCUUACUGGUUCCCAUCGACCUUACUGGUUCCCAACCCACCUUACUGGUUCCCAUUGACCUAACUGGUUCCCAUCCACCUUAUGGUUCCCAUCAACCUUACUGAUUCCCAAUCCACCUUACUGGUUCCCAAUUCACCUUACUGGUUCCCAUCAACCUUACAGUUUUCCAAUCAGUCUUACUGGUUCCCAUCAACCUUACUGGUUCCCAUCAACCUUACUGGUUCCCAUCAAACUUACUGGUUUCCAAUCAAUCUUACUGGUUCCCAUCCACCUUACUGGUUCCCAAUCAAUCUUACUGGUUCCCAAUCAACCUUACUGGUUCCCAUCGACCUUACUGGUUCCCAACCCACCUUACUGGUUCCCACUGACCUUACUGGUUCCCACUGACCUUACUGGUUCCC